AUGGAUCCGCCGGAGGGCAUCAUUGAUUCAUUUCAUUCAAUUCAUUCUCCCAGCGAAAGAGGAAUCCAGCACCAUGACAAGAAGCAAGGAAGCCAUGAGAGUCCUGGGUAUUGCGAGGAAGAUGAGGGAGGAAACGGAGCAUUCUGUUAUGAGGUUGAAGCAUGGUUGCAACCGAGGGCAAACCGAGUUUCAGCCUCUAGGGCUUCAGUCUCGGGUCUUUUGACCGUCGAACUCGGCCACCACAACAGACUGAAAAAACCGAUACUUGGCAGAACAUAUGCUUUUGUGGACAAGGGGUGUGAAAAUAUGUUAAACUCUAGCAUCUCUACUUGUUUGGUCUUAUGCGGU